UGUUUGACAGCCAGCAUUGGCGCAUUGUCUUUCAAAUUCAUGUCAUUUUCUCCUGUACAUACAGGUAAUUCAGAGACAAAAUAUUUUACUAAUUAUUUUCCGAAAGAAGCGUUGGAGAGGCCUCGUCUAGAAUGGGGAACAGAGACGAUGAAUACGACUUCUUGUUCAAAGUCGUGUUAAUUGGGGACUCGGGCGUCGGAAAGAGUAAUUUGCUCUCUCGGUUCACACGGAAUGAUUUCAACCUUGAGAGUAAGAGCACCAUCGGAGUGGAGUUUGCCACCCGCAGCAUCCAGGUGGAUGGGAAGACGAUAAAGGCCCAGAUAUGGGACACGGCUGGACAGGAACGUUACAGAGCCAUCACCUCCGCCUAUUACAGAGGGGCAGUGGGUGCUCUCCUAGUGUAUGACAUCGCCAAGCACUUGACCUAUGAAAACGUGGAGCGCUGGUUGAAGGAACUGAGGGAUCAUGCCGACAACAACAUCGUCAUCAUGCUGGCGGGCAACAAGAGCGACCUGCGCCAUCUCAGGGCUGUGCCCACGGACGAGGCCCGGGCUUUUGCAGGUUCUUGCAUAUUUUGGCAGAGGAAACAUAGCCUGGCCACAGGUCUAGUUGUGCUGUCUUGCCAACUCCUAUGGUCAUUGUCUUGUCUUGUCUUGGCAUCUAGGACUAGGCUCAGGGGUACAAGGGCUUAUUGGGACAAUCUUGGAAGAGUCUCAUCUUUAUAUUUUGUGGUCCUAAAUGACCACUGAAGAGAUGGAUAGGAUGAAAGUGAAAUGAGAGCAACACCAUAUAGUUGCUUUCACCUAUCUGGAAUUUGUAUAUCAGUGGUCAUCACAAGGGAAGGGAGGAGAGUAUAAUAUUGGGACUCAAUGUGUAAUACAGAAGGAUUCUGUCCUGGAACAAUUUCUUGACGUGUGACUCACUUUGCCUUUUAUUUAACCCUGCAGAGAAGAACACUCUAUCCUUUAUUGAAACUUCAGCCUUGGAUUCAACAAAUGUAGAAGAAGCUUUCAAGAACAUCCUUACAGAAAUCUAUCGCAUCGUAUCGCAGAAGCAGAUCGCUGAGCGGUCUGCCCAUGACGAGUCCCCUGGAAACAAUGUGGUGGACAUAAGUGUUCCACCCACCACAGACCAGAAAGGGAACAAACUGCAGUGCUGCCAGAAUCUGUAACCCAUUGACGACCAUCACCGUUCCUCCCUUUCUGUCAUCUCAAAGUUUCUGUCAUUUCAUUUUGUGUAAUAUAUUUAUUUGGUUUUUGAUAGCUUGUUCACUCACAUUAUAUUAAUGCCAUGAAAUUAAAUUUUAUAAUAC